UUAUUUUUAUAAUUUUCUUUUGUUUUCUCCCUCCAUCAAAAACCAAUUUGGGGCACAAAAUUUAUCUCAUCCCUCUCCAAUGGACAACAACCACCAGGCCCAAUCGGCGCCGUCGUACCCACCAACCGGCACUCCGCCGCCGCCACCACCACCACCCAACGCCGCUCCUCCAGCCCCAUUUCACCACCUCCUCCAGCAGCAACAGCAGCAGCUUCAGAUGUUCUGGACCUACCAACGCCAAGAGAUCGAGCACGUCAACGACUUCAAGAACCACCAGCUCCCUCUCGCUCGCAUCAAGAAGAUCAUGAAGGCCGACGAAGAUGUCCGCAUGAUCUCCGCCGAAGCACCCAUCCUCUUCGCCAAGGCAUGCGAGCUUUUCAUCCUUGAACUCACCAUCCGAUCCUGGCUUCACGCCGAGGAGAACAAGCGCCGCACGCUUCAGAAGAAUGAUAUCGCUGCUGCGAUUACUCGCACCGACAUUUUCGACUUCCUGGUUGAUAUCGUUCCUAGGGAUGAGAUCAAGGAGGAAGCGUCGCUCGUCGCCGCCGCUGCUAGCGGCGUUCCGUACUACUACCCGCCCAUGGGACAGCCUGCUGGGAUGAUGAUUGGCCGCCCUGCGAUGGAUCCUGCUACUGGGGUGUAUGUUCAGCCACCAUCACAGGCUUGGCAGUCUGUUUGGCAGACUGCCGCCGAUGACGGCUCUUACGGCACCGCCGGCACCAGUGGGCAGCCCAAUCUCGACGGUUCUCAGAGCUGAGUGACAAUAAUGGCGAUGAACUGUCAGGAGAUAUGAAGAUUCUGGACUUCUGCAAUGUUGCUUGGAAUUUUUUAUUGCUUGCAAUUUAGAAAUGGUUUUGUUAACCAAAUUUUUAUGGGAUGACAUUAUGAACCUGUUAACUUGAUGAUCAACAUCAUUUAACUACUUUAUGUACAAAAUUUUAAAAUUGAACAAUGAUCCUUCUGUGCAAUAUGCGUGUAACAUGUUUGAUCAUCAGCUAAUGAACCGUUUAUUCCUCAAAAGCAUACCAUGAUAAUCCUUGUGUAUUAUUUUUGGAACAA